AGAAAGAAACUUUGCAAAAACAUGUUUGCACUAAUUUUUCUGAUUUUAGGCCUGACGGCUCCCUCGGUUCUGGGGGAUUGUUGGCAGACAGGGUGUCAGCUGGACAGUUGGGCGGUCACGGGGUGUGACCAGUAUGACCGUGACACGACUGCGACUGAAUGGUGUCAAGGGGGCAAAAAAUACACUUGCUGUAGUCGCACUCCACCCCCAGACAAUGGCGGUGCCAAUAUGCCCACCCGGGCUCAAUUCAGUGCCGGUGUGACGAAUAACGGGUACCCGGCCCCAUCUCAAGCCCAGUUCGACAACUUUGUCCGGCACGCCGCUCGCUGGGGUCGGAUAACCUCGAUACAGGAAUCCGCCAUGGCUCUGGCCCAAUUUCUGCACGAGUCGGACGGUCUUCGCGCCAAGAAGGAGUACGCUUGUGCGCAGACGCAGUGUCCGAACAGCAACCGACAACCAGGAUGCGACGCGCCCGGGCAGUACUACUACGGUCGCGGGUAUAUUCAACUCAGUUGGUGCGAAUGGAAUUAUCAAACCGCGUCCAGAGACAUUUUCGGGGAUGACCGACUCGUCAAUGAUCCCGAUAUGGUGGCAAGAGAUGAGUCGACGGCGUGGGCAACCGCUUGGUGGUUCUGGGGGAAAAACGUGCACGACAGGGGAGGCGCUCAACAUGGACAGUUCGGAUCCUCCACGAGAGCCAUAAACGGUGCGUUGGAGUGUGACGGGGCAAACCCGGGUCUGGCCCAGAAGAGGUUCCAAAUUUAUGGGAAUGUCCGACGGGCCUUUGGGCUCGCCGGGUCUGGAGAUCCUUCUGGAUGCUAAAUUUCUACUUGCGCAAUUUUGUUAUGAUGCGCUGAGAACCAAAUAAAAUAUUACUUAAAGUCUUUAAGU